UGUUUUUCCCCCAGUCUUGUAUUUACGUUGUGUUAGACAGGACCCUGGUUUAGCAUCGGCGUCAUGGAAAAGAUUGCUGCUUUUCCUUGGGAUAAACUUUUCCAUAAUGAAGUACCUGAAUGCCCUAGAAUCUCUUGUUCGAGCCUGAGUGAUGAUGACACUGUGUAUAAUGAAUCAAGAAGAACGAGUCGGCCCUCUGAGUGCGACGAGGAGUGCGUCAAAUGGUCGAGGAGAAUUCUCUUCAAGAAAGGCGCUAAGGACAGGGCCAAAGAAGCCUCCCGAAGGGACCACGGCGUCACCAUGGCAGGUCAGACGAGGGCGCCGCCGCACAGGCCGUCCAACAAUCUAAGCGAGGAAGAGAAUCAGACGGUCUUCAAGAUGCUCGGCCCGCGGUGUCUGACACAAGCAACGGCUGUGGUGCAGGUGUACGGGACGGAACCCCCUCACCACAGCAGCUGGUACAAGAUGCACUGCGGGGUGGCCACCUUCACCAAAGAUAACAUCCGCAAGUCUUUCUUUAUCCAGGUUUACGACUACGCUGCAGGCCAAAAGGUCUUCGAGCAGGAAAUCUACAGGGAGUUUUCUUAUCACGAUUCUCGACCUCAUUUCCAUCAGUUCGAAUCUGACGUAAACAACCGAGUAAAUUUUUCCAGCAUAGGAGAGCAGUGGAAUCCCUCGGUAAUUCGACUUGAUGUGAAAGAGGUGAUCUACGCCAAACUCUCGUCCAUGGCAGACAAUUGCCCCUGGCAAGACACUUGCAUUGUUUGGGGCGACUUCAAUGUGGUAUCCUGCUGUGAUCGAGCAGGCUACAUGAUCUCAGGAGUCCAUUGGUUUAUGUCCAAGAACAAGGCAGAGUUUAACCUCCCUGGAGACAGUGGAAGCCACUUGUUGCAUGGGUCGGCUGAACAACAAUCAGGACUUGCGUCGCUCCUUAUGGUUGGCAUCUACUAUUUAGACUGGUUCAUAUCUCUUUAUGGAGUGAUUGUUGUGGGUAUGAGUGUCCACAGGUAUGGCUGGGUGCUGAAGAUAAUCCUGUGUGGAGGAGACCCGUGGGACAAACUAGUAGGUCAUGGCUUGGGCAGCUUGACGAGACUUGUUGCAAGAAAAACAUUAAUCCACUCAUCUGAAUAUGAACUCCCCCUGCCGUUAACAACACAUUCACCUACAUCGCUCAGGGUUAAAGUUGCCCACGGCUAUGUAGAGAUUGGGCUCACAAGUGCUGAGCAAAUUACCAAAAUAUCCAUCAGGAUCCUCGCCAUAGGGGAGUUUGAUGGGGGAGAUAAACAGCUAGAAUGUAGAAUCUGUAUCCUGAAACAUCUUUCAAGUCUGACGAUAUCAGAGUUGAUACUAUGUGUUUCAAGUCUUAAUCCACCUGGAUUAAAACAGGAAAUGCAGAUUUGCAUUCCUGUGUAUUCAACGUCCUAUACAGGAAUAUGCCCUUUGCAGCCCGUGUCUUACCUCGCGCCGCCUCGCACUAGUCUCCUUCCGAUUUCUCCCAUCCCAUUGCGACGGAAAUGUGCCAUAUUUGCCGCCUUCAUAACUGAUUUUGUUUCUCUUGGUGUCGAGUUCAGUAAGGAGGGUGCCUGGGUAGUUGUCUGUGCUGUCCGCCAUCUGAAUGGCGCUCACCUUCUGCACCUGCUCCAUGUUGCUGUGCAUGAGGCCGAUGUGAGUGCUGCUCUUAAGUUCUCUUGCCAGGGUUCCAUCGGGCUUAUCCGUUUCGGAUGGAAGGUUAGCCGCUACGAUGUUGCUCUCGGGCUGGACCUCGUCCUCAGGGUGGAUCUUCUCCGGGCAGGCUGCGAUCUCCAGGAUGGUGACACGGUCACGCAGAAGGCCGCCUCCUUUACUGACCUGUGGGAGGAUGCCGUCGUGAGAUAUUCAUUUUCUUUUUUCUUGAUUCGCCAAUUCGCGGACAUACCUCAAGAAUUUCACGCGCUGUCAGUACCUGCUGUGAAUCGCAAGAGGAGGAGAGAAGAGCGCAUGCGGCAAGGGAUGCAGAAGCGCCAGCAGGAACUGAGGACUAUGGAAAACCAGCCGACCUUGACGAUGGCAAAAUCUCAGGAGACGGUUCACCAACCAUCCAAUAACAAAGCGAUGUUGCAGAGAGAACACAAAGAAAGGAGGAAGUUCAACUUGAACAAAAAAGGCAAAGAGAAGAAGAAGAUUUUGAGGAAAGACAUGAUCGGAGAACCCACUAACUUCAUGCACGUUAGCCACGCUGGUUUCGACCAGGACAAGAAGCUCUCUAUGUUCAACGUGGACAAGAAGUUUGACGAUGAACUCAGGGAUUUCUUUUUAGCCGUCGGCCUGAAACAGCAGCAGAUGGAGGACCCGGAGACGCGGAAGUUCGUCUACGAUUUCAUCAUUCAGUCCGGCGGCCUCGAGGAGGCCAAGCGAGAGAACCAGAGGUACUCCACUCGCCGCCACGUCGAGGACUGGCAAAACAGCGUCCAACAGAGACCGCUUCCUACACCUCCUCAUCUGGCACCCGCUCCCCCACCACCUCCUCAUCUGGCACCCGCUCCCCCACCACCCACUCCACCACCACCACCAUUUCCAUCCCUUCCACCGCCGCCUCCACCACUAAAGCAGUCAGCAGCUUCGCCACCAAUGCCGUCAAGGCCUCUCCCUCCCCUUCCGCCGGGGAGACAAGAUUGCGGAGGUCGCAGUCCAGGUUCACGGAUCCACGUAGGCAUGGCUCCUCCACCGCCACCCCCAAUUUCGUCUAUGACUUCGGCACCACCUCCACCGCCUUCUGCUGGCCCUCCUCCUCCCCCUCCCCCACCGCCGCCUCCACCGCUGUCCGGGAGCUCUGCGGCUCCUCCCCCACCGCCCCCUCCUCCGCCUUCCGGCGGGCUGUCCUCCUCUGUUAACCCUCGCUCAGCUCUCCUGCACCAGAUACAGGAAGGCAAGAACCUCAGGAAAGUAGACAGGAAUGCUGCCCCCGCCCCCUCGCCUGACAGCCGUGGCCAGCUCUUGGAAGACAUCAAGUCGGGCGUGAAGCUGCGCAAGGUGGAGGCCGCCGAAGCGAAGGAGGCGGACCCCAACGAACCAGUGGGACUUACCGGGAUGGCCCUGGACCUCCACCGCGCGCUGCAGGAGAGGUCCAACGUCAUCGCCCUCUCAGACUCUGGGGAAUCCACAGGCGACGACGAUGACGACGAGUGGGAUGAGGACGACUGAGUGGGGCUGUUGAGGAUCGUGCUUUGGCGAGGCGGGAUCCAAAGUCUCCCUCGUUUUGCUGCGUUUGUCUUUAUAUGUAUCGGCUGUAUCGUUAUAUCAUUUGGGUUUAAUUUUAGCUAUACAUUCGGGUGUAUGUUUUUACAAAACAUUAUAACGUGAGAUGAAGUGUGUAUGAUUGAGCUUGUGGUUUAUAUCUUAUCAGUGUAUGGUAACUGAAACUGGGUAUGUUGAAUUAUAAUAACCGUAGAUGUU